AUGUCACAGCAUCUGCACAUCAAACUGGAGAAGGAAAAGUUCCUCCGGGACUGCGCACGCGAGCAGGAGAACCUCUCCUCGCUCUUCACAGAGGACGAGAAGGAGGCGCUCCUCGGGCGGCGCCGCAGACCAGAGAGACAGGAAGAAGACGCGCGAGAGAAAGACGAGAAGUCCAGCAGAGACGACCUCGAGGAAGAAGACGGGAACGCAACGCGUGGAACCAGCAAGCAAGACUCGCAACUGUUUGGCAGAAAACUGCAGGAGCUGGAGAGUUUCGUCGGAUCCGCACUCAGGACUUACCGCCUCCUCCGACCCGAUGCUCUCCCCUUCUACAAGGAAGACAGCUUGCUAAGCAUGCAGAGUAAACUGAAUGAAGCGACGCUGAAGCACUCGCCCCUCGUCCACGACCUCGUGGAAUUGAAGAAGCGGAACUUGUCGGUGCCCUCAGAUCUUCUCCCUCCCGAUUUCAACGCGCUCCAGUUCAGCCUGCCUGUGGUGAAUCCUCGCGGCUUCCUGCUCGCCCUCUCCGCUGCGGCAAACUCCGUCGCGGAAGACCUCGAGGCCGUCUGCCGCCUGCUGGCCGUGCCUAAUCUGCCCCACCCCACGCACCCCUUUCGUCUUAAGCUCCUGCUCGAUGCCCUGUUCGAUUCUUUCAAACUCCGAAAAGAUCCUCACUACGCCCACGACUGGGCCCGACGAAACUGGCCUCGACUCCAAGCGAUCAUGCCAGCGCCCCUCGCCGAUUUAUCUCCGGAGCAUGUGGGGCAGUGGCUGAAAGGACACCUUGAGCGCGUGUGUGCGAACCAGCGGGCGGGCCGAGGAGGAGACGCGAGAGGGCGGCUGCUGGCCCAAAAGUUCCCGCUGAAAGCAGACGAGGAAAACCUCUACUCGCUGGCAGAUGAUUUCAUUUUUGACCACGAAAUCGUCGACGAGCAGUUCUGCGACGAGAGGCUGACGCAGUUCCCCAUCGACAAAGCCGGCGAGCUCUUCCGCAAAAUCGCGGAUUUCUUCGGGCUGACGAAAGGCCCGCAGCCGGCGGUGAACGACGGGGUGGUGGCUCAGUUUCAGAACCUUGUCUACACUCUGGAUAAGAUUGGGCUGAGCAACUGGAUGCGCAUGGACACUCGAGAGAUUGAAGAGUUUCUGCCCGAAGGCGAACCGCCGUCGUUCACAGCUUCCGCGCAAGACCUCGACGCAGCUCGGCUCCUCCUGAAGGCUGCCGCUCGCGGCAAGGCGAACCUCCUCGACUUCGAGGCUCUCGAUCCCUACAAACUUCUCCACGGCUUUGACGCCAAGACGGUCCAAGAGGAACUCGCCACACUGCCCUCCAAUCCGUUCCUGACAGACGCGGACAUCGACGAGCUCUUCGAUAUCAAUACAGCGGCGGUCGCGAUGAGUCAGAGCCACUCGGCGCCGUCGGCGUCGCUGCGAAACUUCCGGGCAAAAUUCGGAAAGACGCCCUUGGAGGCGCUGCUCGACUCGGAAGAGAAAUUCUUGACUUCUGCGGGCCCUGUCGACUGGCUGAAAGGCGAAGACGAGAAUGGCGAAGCCUUCGUGUCGUGGCGCUGGAAACGACCUGCGCAGACGGUGUACGACGCCGAGAAGGGGAUGUUUGUCCGAGAGCGCGAAGGCGUAGACCCUCUCAUCAAACUGCAUGAACUGCGCCAAACUCUGCUCAGCGUCAGCCGGAUGAUGAGCAUGAACAAACAGGGCCGAGUGUACUACUUCCGCGCCAUCGUUGCCGUGGGCAACGGUCGGGGUUUGUUUGGCAUUGGAAUUGCUUUUGGGCCUUCGCCGAAGGAAGCCCGGAGCAACGCCGCGCUGGCGGCCAUCCAGAAUCUCGACCACGUCGACUUCGAUGUCGGGAGGACUCUCACGACGCCAGUUCAUGGCAGCGAGUAUUCUGCUCACGUGAAAAUCGUCCCGCGGCCGCUGGGGAAAGGCCUAAGGUCGAAUCUGCGGUAUCUUCCGCUGCUGUAUCUGAUGGGAAUCGACAACUGUCGGGUGUCGUUCUAUGGCCCGUCGGCUUCCGCGCGGUGGUUCACGCGUGCGAAGGCCCUCAAGCGCGCGCUCGAGCAGCUGCAAAGUCGCCGCACACUCGCGAACGCGACCGGCCAGAAAUACGACCUCCUCGUAGCGCCUGGAGAACACUGGAUGCACUGGCCCGACCGGUGGUUCCGACCCAUCUCCACGGAAUACGCUCGCAUGCUGGAACGCAUCAAGAAGAAGCGGCCGCCGUCCUAUAGACGAGGAUUCCGAGCGGCCAUCGAUGAGGUCAUUCCCGAGGAAAUUCGGCCCGAGUUCACGCCUUACACGUGGAAAUCUCCGCUGCAGAAGUGGACAGAAGAACUCAAACGCAAGAGGCUCACCUCUCACAAUAUCUACGAGACGGAGGUUUUUCUUCAUCCUCCGUCUCAGUCUUCUGCAUCGUAG